UGUUCUUCAAAACCAGUGGAGGCCAAUUCAGAGGGGGGACGAAAAAAGGUCUUGUCCCUGGCCUGUAUGAGUGAGUCAGCUCUGUGUCAGCAAGUUUCCCCCGGUGUUUGGAAGAUAUUAGCUGUCAUGAAAGAUGAUGAAAUAACUUCUACUGUGCGAAGUGACUUCUCUAUUCUUCAGCUUGCUCAAUCAUUCUUUAACAAACAUGGGAAAGAUCCCACCAAAUUUGACUACAUUCGCCAGACACUCCGAGAAUGUGGAAGACUUCUGCUCACACUUCGGAAAGAAUGCUCAAUACACACUUUUGAGGAUGCUGUAAGACCUGCAAAUUUCAAUGUGGUUAUCAAAGCUGUUAAGAAGGUGUGUGGGUAUGAUGAAGAAAAGAACUGCUACUCGACUCCAAGCCUUGCUUUAAAGUUGGGACACUCACUGCAGAAAGUCUGUGAUAUUAUACAUUGCAGAGCACUGAUGGCAGAAGACAGUGCACUGAUAAAGUCAACCCAGAGUUUCAAAACCCUUUAUGCUACAAAGUGGUCAGAACUCAUCUCCCAUACUGCAUUAACCACACUAAACGAGCGGCACUUCAACAAGCCUUCCACACUUCCUUUUACAGAAGAUGUUCAGCGUCUUCAUAGACAUCUGGAGAAGACUACAGAACAAGCACUGAAGGACUUGGAAGAGCAUAGUUCACCAAAAUCAUACAGUGAACUUUGUAAAGCUACCAUGGCAAAUGUAAUACUAUUUAACAGGAGAAGAGGGGGAGAAAUUUCAAAGAUGACACUGAAUGGCUUCCAGGAGAGAGACACUAGUACCCUGCACAAGGAUGUUGCAAUUGGACUGACAAAAUUUGAACUUUACCUUUGUCAACACUUCAGAGAAAAGACAAGACUGUGGUGUUCUGGCAGAAAACAUAUUCCUGUUUGCCAGACCUCAUUGUCUGACUCCCUACAGAGGACAGGACUGUUUGAGGAUUUAUGCGACUGAAUGUGGGGCUGAAAACCCUGAACACCUACGUUCAACGCAGUUGCGCAAACAUGUCGCAACUUUGUCUCAGAUCUUAAACCUCAAGAAUCACGAGUUAGACCAAGUUGCCAACUUCCUAGGUCAUGAUAUUCGUGUUCAUCGCGAAUAUUAUAGACUUCCAGAGGCUACUACCCAGCUUGCCAAAAUAUCCAAACUACUGAUUGCCAUGGAGAAAGGGUCUCUCAAAAGCCUUCAAGGCAAAACACUUGAAGAGAUUGAAAUCGAAGAUAACCUACAGUUGACAGAUUCAAGUGAAGAAAGUGAGGUCGGAGCGGAGCGUGAGGAGGUCGGAGCGGAGCGUGAGGAGGUCGGAGCGG